CGUUGGUACUCAUUGUCUGAAAAAGAUCACAAAUUUACGAUCACUGGGUUGUGGGUUUUUCGAUGGCCAUUUCUUCGGAGGAUACGGCAUCAAGUUCUUGCAGGAAGAGGAAGUCUCGAAGUAGACAAAAUGCUACUCUAUCAAUUGCUGAGACCCUCGCCAAGUGGGAAGAGCGUAAUGUCCAACUGGAGUCCUGUAAUAAUGAGAUCAAAUCUGUUCGUAAAGCUCCAGGUAUUGGGUCAAAGAAGGGAUGCAUGAAAGGGAAGGGAGGACCCGAAAACUCAUCAUGUAAAUACAGAGGUGUUCGGCAGAGGACAUGGGGUAAAUGGGUUGCUGAGAUUCGAGAGCCAAAAGGAAAAAAGAUGUGGCUUGGCAGUUUUGAAAAUUCUGUUGAUGCUGCCUUGUCUUACGACAAAGCUGCAAGAGCACUGUACGGAUCUUGUGCCCGCCUCAACUUUCCAAAUGAUCGUUCAGUGACAACAACCCCAUCAAGUAUCUGUUUAACAACAAUUUCGGGAAACUCUGGUUCUACAAAUUACUCCGAAGAUAUAAGCAUGAAGCUUGUUACUCCCAAUUUAAGAAAUGAGGAUGGAGAAGAUGAAUGGAACAAUAAUGCUUUGCAUGCUGCAGUUACUGAAGCUGCUAUUGCUGCCACACCAAGUAGUACGCAGCAGGCAGAAGAAGCAAAGGAUGAGUGGUCUUUGGAGGAAAUUGACGCUCUCUUGGAAACAAAUUCAAUCCUUGAUAUUGAAUCGGUGUUGGGUCAUGAUGUUGGCCAGUUUUGGUUCUCUGCCGUCGAGAGUAUGAAUGAUAUGGCAGCAGACUCCUUCUUGAGUUUUUAG